GACUGAAAACUCAUCUCUUUCGACUCCACUUCGAGCGAUAGAACUAUUAACAAAGCACUUAUAUACUAAUAAAGGACUGGCUUAUCUAAAGCCAGUUGAGUAGCACUUGAAAUGUUUGGCUCUAUGAAACCUGAUGUACUUAUAUGAUUCUGUUUUCUUCAAGGUUGUGUCUUCCUGGUCGAAUGUACUUAUUGUAAGUCGCUUUGGAUAAAAGCUAAAUGCAAUGUAAUGUAAUGUAAUGUAAUGUACUUUUUCAAUGCUACUUUUACAGAAGUAACAUACCUUAGUUCUUGUUCCACCACAGUUGAAAUAUAAUAGAGCAAGCCAUGAUUUUAGCAUUGUUUUAUUUUGUAAUAUCCUAUAGGCUAAUAUGAACUGGCAACUAAUUUGUUAUAUAAAUAAACAGAGAAGGUGGUAUAUCAUUUUUUAUACUAGCUUUAUAUUUCAAAAUGUUCUUUGGGAUUAUUUCUCUGAGGGGCUCCUGGAACCAUGUUUUCUCUUGUGUGCAUGGAGAUGUUAUUAUUUUGUGAAUUGUGUGUCCUGUAUGCGCAUGCGCAAGUAGUAAAGCGUGUUGUAGGUCUCUAUGACGACGGGUCUAAUAAACCUUUUAGAGCUGCAGAGGGACUGGAAGCAGAUUAUGUACACAGGUGUUGUUCCGCAGACUGCCAGACACUAUGUGGGCCAGUUAGAUGGAGGGAUAGUUACAAAACAAGCCGGCCGGAUGGUAGUGACAUCGCUCUGAACUCAACCGGAAUACUAAGCAAGGACCCGCCGGUGCUGUGAAGAUUAUGAGUGGGGUGGUUAUCACAAAGUCUCAGGACGAAUACGAGGACGACUUCGAGAAGGAUCUGGACUGGCUGAUCAGCGAGGAAUCCCGGAGUGAGGACCAGGGUCCUGACUUUAAAGACAUAGAAGCAGAGAUUGACAAAGAACUGGAGGAGGAUGAGAAACAGAAAAGAAAGAAAAGAAAGCAGAGAAGCCUCAAGGAGGAGAAGAGAGGCAAGAAAUCCGAAGAGUUGAAAGAAGAUGAAGAGAGGUGGCCCUCACCUAUGGAUCCAUUAGAGUAUGAUUCAGACAGAGACAGCCCAAAUAAGUCCUCAACCAUACUCCCACCUCCUCCAGAGAUGGAGGAACAGACUGAAGAGGAGAAGAAGUACAUCCAGGAGAAGAUCCAGCAGGCGAAUCGAGAGCUGCAGGACCAAGAGGCCCCGAGUAUGACGAGACGCAGACGGCUGCAUUUUAAAGAGACGCUGGUGGACCUGGUGGUGUCUCCACAGCAGUUUGAGAAAGGAGACACUGGUGAGGUGGAAGGGGAGCAGUGCACCAAGGAUUCAAAGGUCGAGAUCGAAGUGUCGGGGAAGCUUUCUGAGCUAAAACUUUCCCCUCGACAAGAGAGGGAAUCUGGCAGAGCUGCGGAGAGCAUUGAGGGAGGGUUAAAGGAAGGAAAAGUCCUGGUAGAAAAGGAUGGUAAGUUUGACCUAGUCAGCCUGAAAGAGGUGGAGAGUAUGGGACUGCUGCCUCCUAUAGCAAACAACAGCAUGGACUUCUCCUUCUCACGUCACACAGAGCAGACUGUGAGCUCCAGUAAGACCUCCAGGUCCUCCUCCUCUCCUCGUGCCGGCUCUCACCCUUUCCAUCAAGGCAUAAAUCAGCUCCCUGCCCCCCGACCCCCAGCCCAGCCCAGGAGCAGGCCCAGCUCAGCCAGCCACAGCCAGAGAGGCACCCAGUGGAGAAACAGCAAGCGGAGGGUGCAGUCUGCCACCGGGACCCCCUGCCAGGCCACAUACAGCCUCUCACCACAGCAGAAAGAGCUGCUGCAGAGGAUCGAGCAGAGGAAGAACAGGCUGGCCAGAGAGGAAGAGCAGAGGAAACAGGAGGAAGAGGAGCAGAAGAGGCAAGAGAACGAGCUGGCAUUUAAGGCCUGGCUGAUGAAGAAGAGAGAGCAGUUUCAGGAGGAGAAGAGGAUUCACCGAGCCCAGGAGAUGGAGAGGAACAGCGCUAAGAGAGACUCCAGCGACCCAGAGGAGACCUUCAGGCUGUGGCUCCAGAGGAAGCAGGAGCAGCAGCAGAGAGAGAGACACCUGCUGGAGCUGAAGAGGCUGGAGGAGGACAGCGGAUACCUCCUGCGCAGCCGAGAGGAGUGUGAGCGUGCCUUCAAACUGUGGCUGAAGCGUAAACGGGCGGAGAAGCAAGCGGAGCAGCAGGCGGCUCGAGAGCGCUCCCGCAGGUUGGUGCUGGAGGAGCGGCGCGCACGACGGAUGAGGGACCUGCUGUGCACCGUCAAUGAAACCAAGCCAUUCAGAUUUACCGAACAGCUGGACCACCGCUUCUGAACCAAACACAUCCAAUGUCCCCUGGAUUCAAACACACACCACCUCAAACUCCACCCUGGGCAACACGAGACUUGGAAUGAACAGAAUACAUAGUUUACUCUCAGUCCAGUUGUUAUUUAUUUCUAUUUCUGGGCUGUGUUAAAGCACAUUCUGAGAAGAUAAAGUUUACCGCAGUGACCUCCUCUUAGUGUGAUAACAUUAAAAGAGUGACUGAUUUUUUGUUACUGUAUUUACCUUACGCUGACGCACUUUACUUUUAAUGGAGCUAAACUGCAGGGCUGUACAGCGUAAGCUCAAGUUUUUGUUACUGUAUGCCUUUCGUCAGAGAGUGUUCGGUUACAUAGGUAUACAAGCAUACUUUUGAGUUUACAACAGGUGACUUGAACAGAUAAAACUCUAAAGGAAUGAGAUAUAGAUCUGUAAAGCGAUAUAUGCCUGGUUGUUUGAGACAUGACUCAGACAUAACACAAACAAUGUAUCAAUUUCUUUGUUUAAAAUGCAUUCUUGUUUCCUGCAAAUGAACAAUGAUGAGAUGAACAAAUAAAACAAAUAUACGCAGUU